AUGAACAAAAUUGGCAAUGAUACCGCUUUCGUUGAGGAGGUGCUGGGUGAUCUAAUCAAGGUGGACGAUUUCACCGAAAAGCUGCUGAACAUUAGUCAAACUGUUCGGAAGGAGGGCCAGGCGGCCGAACAUGCACUGGGAAUCUUUCGCUCCGACUACAUAAUCGACUCUCACAAUGUGAUGAAGCAAGUUGAAGUGAACGCCAUCUCCGUCAGCUUUGCCGGUCUGGCGCCCAGUGUGGCCGACUUUCACCGGUACACACUGCAAAACUUCCAAAACCUGCCUUCCAGUGUCAUUGAGCAGAUGCUGCCAGAGAACUCUUCGCUUAAAGACGUGGCGCAGGCUUUAGUGGACGCCCAUGCUGUCUAUGGAAAGGCUGAGGCGGCCAUUCUGGUGGUAGUCGAAGAGGAGGUAGUCAACAUUAUGGACCAGAAGCUGAUUGAGUGGACGGUCAAGAAGGCGAACAGCGACAUCAAGCUGUUCCGCCGUACAUUCCACCAGCUGGACGCUGCCACCUGUCUGGGACCAAACAAAGAGCUUCUACUUAGAGUACAGGGGCACCUGAACACCGUUGAAACGGUCGAACUGGCGGUGGUGUACUUUCGCACCGCUUACGCUCCGGCCGAUUUUGUCUAUGAAAACGCCUGGAGUGUGCGCCUACUGCUGGAGCGCUCCAAAGCGAUCAAAUGUCCGGCGAUUCACUUUCAACUGGCUGGCGUGAAGAAGUUCCAGUCAGUUCUCUGCAGCCAGGACAUUCUGGCGCGCUACAUUGAACCAUCCGAGCCGGCCAUGGUGGCCAAAGUGUGGAACACCUUUGCCCAGUUUUAUCCCGCCAACCAGUCCUCGCUGGCACUGGCCACCGCCAGUCCGUCCGCCUACGUGCUGAAGCCGAACCGAGAGGGCGGCGGCAAUAACUACUUUGACGCGGAGAUACCGGAAAUGCUGCAGAGCAUCGUCGGCACCGAACAGGAGGACGCCUACACGCUGAUGGAGUACAUCAACCAGCCGCCGAUGAGUGGGCUCAUCCUGCGGCCUGAUGUGCCGCUUGAGGCACAGCACCAGGCGGGGGCGCAGAUCAAGACCGAGCUGGGCGUCUACGGCACUAUUCUCAGCAGUAACAGUACCUCGGGCGGUGGUGGGGUAGUGGUCUUCAACCGCAAUGCAGGCCACCUGCUGCGUGCCAAGGCGGCCACCAGCAAUGAGACGGGCAUCAUGGCCGGUGCCGGCGCCAUUGACUCGCCUUGGCUGGUGGACAACUGA